GCGGCCAAGUCCCGCGACGCUUCCAUGACCAUACCUCAAUCUCGCCGACCGCAUGAAGACCGUCCUGGAGAAGCUCGCGAUGGGCCAGCACCUCUCGGCCGACGAGAUGGACCGCGCCAUGGACAGCAUCGCGACCGGCAAGGCCGAUGCGACCCAGAUCGCCGUCUUCCUCGCGCUCCUGCGCGCCAAGGGCGAGACGCCGCUCGAGACGCAGGCGCUCGUCAAGGUCAUGCUGCGCCACUGCCACCGCGUCGACUUGCCGGCAACGACCAAGGCGCUCGACAUUGUGGGCACGGGCGGUGACGGCGCCAACACGGUCAACCUCUCGACAGCUGCCGCGGUCCUCGCCGCAGCGUGUGGCGCCAACGUAGCCAAGCAUGGCAACCGGUCGGCGUCUAGCAAGUCGGGGUCUGCGGACGUCCUCGAGGCGCUUGGCGUGCCCAUGUUGCAGCCAGAGCACAUUGCGCCGUGCAUCAAGGACGCCAAGAUUGCCUUCAUGUACGCGCCGCAUUUCCAUCCUGCGAUGAAGCACGUGAUGCCUGUCCGACGCGCCAUGGGCAUUCGCACGAUCUUCAACGUCCUCGGGCCACUCAUCAACCCCGCGAGCUGCAAGCACGCCGUCAUUGGGGUCUACACGCCGUCGCUACUGCCGCUCUUUGGCGAGGUGCUGUAUGGACUGGGGGUUGAGCACGCUCUCGUCGUGCACUGCGCGGGCUUGGACGAACUCAACCCGAUCGGCAACGCGGACGUGGUCGAGGUCUCGCGGACGAAAGGCUGCACGCGUUACACCCUGACGCCAGAGGAGCUCGGGAUUCCGCGCUGCACGCUCAAGGACCUCGAGGGCGGCGACUGCGACCUGAACGCUCGCAUCCUCAAAGACGUCUUCCGCGGCAACUGCGACAACCCGGUCGGACACACCAUCGCGUACAACGCGGGCGCCGGCCUAUACGUCUACGGCCUUGCGAGCUCGAUCAAAGAAGGGUACGAAAUGGCCAAGAAGACGCUUGCCUCCGGCAAGGCCAUGGACACCCUCCAGCGCUGGAGCGACGUGGCGCAGAACUUGCACAAGGCAGCGUCCGUCUAAUUUCGACAACCUAUCUAUUUGCUGUUAACUUUAAAAACGUCAUUUCUGUGCCCA